UGCUCACAACAAAAAUUAGCUAUUCUUUUCAAGACCUUCAGCAUAGAACAACGACGAGCUAUAGAAGAAAUAGGCUUUGGAGAAUUAUUUAAGAUUCACCCUGUCAAAAUUCGUCGCGAAUUGUGCCAAAGCAUUGCCAAAAGCUAUGAUAGCAAAUCUGGAGCAUUCAACAUUGCAGGUCAUAUGCUAACAAUGACCAUCGACGACGUCGAUCAUCUAAUUGGGCUGCCAUCUAAAGGAGAGGAACUAUUUGAAGCACCAAAAAAAAAUCUACCUCAACGUUUCAGCCAAUACAAAUCUGGGACCAAUAUUUCUUUCAUUUCAUUGACAGAUUACUUCAACAAAAACAAGACCCACGAUGAUAAUUUCAUCCGGAGAGUCGUGCUAUACACUAUUGGUGUUUUUAUCUGCCCCACCCUGCAGCAGCAUGUUGCUUCAGAUUACCUCAACCUAGUGGAGAAUGUACAAGACAUUCGCAAACUCAACUGGGCUAGCCUUACUCGAAAUCAUUUGAUAUCAUGCAUAGAGAACUUCCACAAAAAGACCUCGCCAACCAAUCUAAAGGGUAACCUAGCCCUGCUACAGCUGUGGUAUUGGGAGAAGUUUUGUGUACAUGAACUUGAUCCAACCAGUUUUGCCACUGGACGCGAUAGACCACUUAUUCAGUACUGGACAGAAGAAAGGGCAAGAAUACGAGGAGAUAUUACAAAUAUCAAAGGAUUUGGAUACGGACAGAUUAUUCACGACAUCAGGAAACCUAUCAAACCCCCAAAAGAACCAUCUACAACUGAAGAUCCCAACACAUAUCAAGAAAGGUGUCAAAAUCAUCAAUCAGACAAUGACACGCAAGCAACUAACACCAACUUAUAUGAGUCACUACAAGAAAUAAAGGCUUUCAUGAAGGCAGUGCAAAUGCAAUUUCUGCGACUGGAUAAAAAAUUUGAUGACAGGGCGAGGGAAAAUACGCAAGCUAUUCAAUCAAUAAACAAACGCUUUGAUGCCUUCAUGAAAGGAUGCCAGAGUGAGAGUCAAAGAGAAGCAGCCAAGUCUAACAACCUGCAAACAUCGGAUGCGUUACAAAAUGAGGAACCUGGUGUUAAGAAGAACCAACCAGACGGGAGAAAAUAUAAAAAAAUAAAGACAUACACAAAGGAUGAUGUAUUACAAAUAUCUGAAUCUGGACCUAAGAAGAAACAGUCAGCUGGGAUCAACAGUACAGAAAAUAAGUCAGAGACAAAGCAAACUCGCAAACGGAACGAACAUACUAUACACUCCACUGUUUCCAAGCGACAGAGGCCUCGUUCUGGAAGGGAGUCAAAACCAAUCCGUCGCAAGGAUGAUGACUUCCUCUACUAUGGUACAAAAAUUACCAAACCAACAGAGCCCCAAAAAAAGAUACUUAUCUCAAAAGAUUACAUGUGCACUGAAGAAGAUUAUCCCAUUUUCGAAUACAUCAAAACCUCACCGCAGAAGAAAUUAUUGGUGGACAUGAAUGAUGCCCUCGUGAACAAAACCAACAUGGAGUGCCUGCUAUAUCAUCACAGAUACGUGAAUAGUGACGUCGUAAAUGCCUAUGUAUGUUGUCUACGGACUACGGACCAUCUAGGUUACAGGGAAGGUGGAAAGGUCUACAUAGAGAAUGCAUACAUUACCGCCAUGUUCAAAAGAGAUAAAAACCUAGAUAUAAAAGGAGAACCGAUAAAACAUCGUCAAUUCAUAGCAAAUCUGGCGUGCUGCUAUCAGGACCAUGAUAUGGUUUUCCUUCCCAUUAAUAUUGUAAACGCACAUUGGUACUUAGCGGUUAUCAAUGCCCCGGAGCGUCAAAUACAUGUAUUGGACUCUAGUGGUCCUGGGAACCGUGACGACCUAACAUAUGUGCUUCAAGGACUGGAGAACUAUUUAACAUUCCAAGACGACGAAAAUAUAUCAACCCAAAAGUGGAAGGACCUUCGAGUAACAACUUGGCCACUCACAGAACAAAUACGCAUUCCAAUGCAGAAAGACGUAGCAUCUUGCGGUCUUUUCAUGCUCAAAUUCAUGGAACACUGGACAGGAACUAGACUGGAUCACAAUUUUACACAGGAGGAAAUCAAGAAAUUUAGGGAGCAAUUACCGGUCCUGUUGGUCAAAUCUCCCCUGAAUGUUAUCGAUAUAACCAAAGGCAAUGCACCUAGCUCAAAAAGUGAUGCACAAGAGGGCGAUGAAGAUGAUGGACUCUCUAUAGAUAAACCUAUUCCUCCUACGUCUUAACUAUAUCAGUCCAAGUGCCUAUACCCAAGAUCAAUUAAACCUUCUCCUUACUUUACCGUAUGUUUUCACAACCACAAAUUUGCAUAACUUAUACUCAUCUUACUAUACCAUUUGUUUUCAUCUCAUAGAAUUAUGCGAUU